CGCAGCAUGGAGAGUCGCAUUAUUAUUUACACCGGUCUUAGAUUUUCAGCAAAAAUAUGUUUCCUUUCCUUCUCCUCGUGAAAAUUAUCGAUCAAAUGUGAGCAUCUUACCCAGAGAAGGGGCUGAAACUGAAACUUCAGAGCGAAGAAAAGAAAAGCAACAUUUCGGUUUUCUCGAGUUGGCGGUAGUUUCCGGCGAAUUUUUCUCUCCGCGCCGGAAAGUACUCUCUUCGCGCAGGAAGGAUUGAAUCUCCUACCAGCUGAUUGAUUUGAAUCUCGAUGUGAUCGCCGCGUGUUGCAUCCGAAUCCAAUGGGGAAAUUUCUCUCUGGCUUCGUGCUGCCUUCGCUGCUUCUAUCAGCUGCUUUAAUCAAUUGGAGUUUAAUCUCUCUUGUUGAUUUGAUAGCCUUUCUUCUCAUUCUGUACAAUGUAUCACAAAUAGGAUUUCAUAUCCGCAGGAGGUUUUUGUUACUGUGGCCAAUUGUUAUCUUUUCUGUAGUUGCAAUACUUUCUCAAGUGACAUAUCUGGUAAUAUGGGCUGUUAAGCCAAGGUCAUGGAGUGUACCAGAUGCUUGGUGGGCAAAGUUGAUUGGUUUUAUGACAGUUCAGUCUUGGAAAACUCCUUAUGUAAUUUAUUUCUUGGUUAUACAACUGCUAGCUCUUCUAGUUGCAUUGGUUGAUAUAUAUGGGAAGAGGCAUUUUCUGAAAACGUGGCAAGAUUUGUCUUGGGAUCAUUUCUUAUCAAUUAUAGAACAUUUAGGUUCUCAUCUUCGGGUGGCAUCUUGCUUGCUGUUGCCUGCCAUUCAGCUAGUUGUUGGAAUUAGUCAUCCUUCAUGGGCCUCACUACCUUUUUUCAUUGGUAGUUGUGUUGGUCUUGUGGAUUGGUCUUUGACAAGCAAUUUUCUUGGGCUUUUUAGGUGGUGGAGGCUUCUUCAGCUGUAUGCAGUCUUUAAUAUAUUCCUGCUUUACGUAUAUCAACUUCCCGUGGAGCUUCCAAGUGUGAUUCAAUGGAUGGCUGAUUUAAUUGGUCUUUACAAAAUAUCUGUGAAUUCUGAGUGGCCUAAAAUUUGUUCCAGCAUUUCUCUCAUGUUUUACUACAUAAUGCUAUCUUUUAUUAAAUCUGAUUUGGAGGAGAUGGGUUUUAUUAUUUCCAGGACAGAUUGUAGCUUGACUGAGCAACUUCUUCCCUCUAAGCAUUCAUUUUUCAUUCGUGAAUCAAGAUCUGGUGUGAGGCACACAAAUGUUUUACUUCGAGGAGCUGUUUUUCGGACUUUUAGUAUCAAUUUUUUCACGUAUGGUUUCCCGGUUUCCUUGUUUGUCCUUUCCUUUUGGAGCUUCCAUUUUGCAAGCUUAUGUGCAUUUGGACUACUUGCUUAUGUCGGAUAUGUUGUCUAUGCCUUUCCUUCCUUGUUUCGUCUUCACCGGUUGAAUGGGCUGCUUCUUGUCUUCAUUCUCUUCUGGGCUGUUAGCACCUAUAUAUUUAAUGUGGCAUUUACAUUUCUGAAUUGGAAACUUGGACGGGACAUGAAAAUCUGGGAGAUGGUGGGACUAUGGCACUAUCCAAUACCUGGUUUUUUUUUGCUUGCACAAUUUUGUCUUGGAAUUUUGGUUGCGUUAGGUAAUCUUGUGAACAAUUCAGUUUUCCUCUGCUUGUCUGACGAGGGUGGGCAAUCCUCAAAUGACUAUUCCUCAGCAAAAGCAGAGGGAGAAACUAAGGUAUUGAUUGUGGCAACAAUAGCAUGGGGACUACGCAAAUGCUCUCGGGCUAUCAUGCUGUCAUUGAUCUUUCUCAUUGCUAUAAAACCUGGUUUCAUCCAUGCUGUAUAUAUGAUUUUCUUCUUGAUGUAUCUUUUGAGCCACGAUGUCAGUAGAAAGAUAAGACAGGCUUUGAUUCUCCUAUGCGAGAUUCAUUUUUCACUGUUGUAUGUUCUUCAAAUUAAUUUGAUCUCAACUGCACUGGAGAAAAAAGGCUCUGUAAGCAUGGAAGUUGUAAUGCAAUUAGGUCUCUGUGAAGAAGAUAGUGCCUGGGAUUUCUUGGAAGUAGCUUUACUUGCUUGCUUUUGUGCAAUUCAUAACCAUGGUUUUGAGAUGUUAUUUUCAUUUUCAGCUAUCGUACAGCAUGCCCCUAGCCCUCCUGUUGGAUUUAGCAUCUUGAAAGCUGGUCUUAACAAAUCCGUUCUAUUGUCUGUAUAUGCUUCCUCCACUGUGAGAAACAGCAAUGAAAGUUUAUCUUAUGAAAGAAGAAUAGCAUCAUACCUGAGUACAAUUGGGCAGAAGUUCCUAUCUAUAUACCGUUCAUUUGGCACCUACAUUGCUUUUCUGACUAUUCUUCUCACGGUAUACAUGGUGAGACCGAAUUACAUAUCAUUUGGUUACGUAUUCCUUCUCCUUCUUUGGAUUAUUGGAAGACAACUUGUUGAGAGAACAAAAAGACAGCUUUGGCUUCCAUUGAAAGUAUAUGCAAUUUUGGUGUUUAUCUUCAUAUAUAGCUUGAGCAGCUUUUCAAGCCUAGAGAUGUGGUUGUCCAAAUUAAUUGAUCUCUACUUUUAUCUGGGAUAUGACUCAAAAGCAUCUUCUUUUGACAAUGUUUGGGAAUCUUUGGCAGUCUUAAUUGUUAUGCAACUUUAUAGCUAUGAGAGAAGACAGAGCAAGCAGAACAGGCAGGACCACUUGGAUCAGUUAGAACCAGGGGCACUUGGGUUUAUCAGGCGAUUUUUUAUCUGGCACAGCCAGAAGAUCUUGUUCAUUGCUCUGUUUUAUGCAUCUUUGAACCCAAUUAGUGCAUUUGGUUUCUUGUAUCUGAUUGGUCUUGCCUUCUGCUCCAUUUUACCAAAAAAUUCUAGUAUCCCAUCCAAAUCAUCCUUGGUAUACACUGGUUUUCUGGUGGCAGCUGAGUAUCUUUUUCAGAUGUGGGGUAAGCAGGCUAAAAUGUUUCCCGGGCAGAAGUAUUCUGAUAUCUCUCUCUUUUUGGGCUUCCAUGAAUUCCAGCCUGGCUUUUGGGGUCUAGAAUCUGGAUUGAGGGGAAAAGUGCUGGUGAUUGUGGCUUGUACUCUUCAAUACAAUGUCUUCCGUUGGCUGGAGAGGAUGCCAAAUACAGUUCUAAGCAAUGGAGAGUGGGAAGAACCUUGUCCAUUGUUUGUUCCCACAGAAGAUGCAUUCAUUAAUGUUGAUAUGUGCAAUGAGGAAAGUAAACCAUCAUAUAAUUCAGAUCCACCAUCUGCAAUAAAAGAAGUGGUGUCAAGCAAGUCACUGCAAAUUGUUACCUCUGGUCCUUCUCAAGCACCUGAUACUCCGUCCUUUAAAACAAGAGGUUCUGACAGUAGCAGUAAAAAAUAUUCAUUUGGGUUUAUCUGGGGAAGUUCCAAGGAGAGUCACAAGUGGAACAAGAAGAGGAUUGUUGCUUUGAGAAAGGAGCGAUUUGAAACACAAAAAACUGUCUUAAAAAUAUAUUUGAAAUUUUGGAUGGAGAAUUUAUUUAAUUUAUUUGGACUUGAGAUAAACAUGAUAUCAUUACUACUGGUAAGCUUUGCCUUGUUAAAUGCAUUAUCCAUGCUGUAUAUUGCACUGCUUGCUGCUUGUAUUCUUCUGAAUCGGCAAAUUAUACGCAAAGUCUGGUCCAUAUUUGUCUUUUUGUUUGCUUCGAUUCUCAUCCUGGAAUAUUUAGCCAUCUGGAAGGAUAUGUUACCUUUGAAUUCUCAUGCUUCUAGUGAGAUUCGUUGCCAUGACUGCUGGAAAACUUCAACUCUGCAUUUCCAUUAUUGCAAAAAAUGUUGGCUUGGAAUUAUUGUUGAUGAUCCCAGGAUGUUGAUCAGCUACUUUGUGGUAUUCAUGCUGGCUUGCUUCAAACUUCGUGCAGAUCGCCUGUCUAGCCUUUCAGGAUCAUCAACAUAUCGUCAAAUUAUGUCUCAACGUAGGAACACAUUUGUUUGGCGAGAUCUAUCUUUUGAAACUAAAAGCAUGUGGACCUUUCUUGAUUAUUUGAGGCUUUACUGUUAUUGCCAUCUGCUAGAUCUUGUGCUGAUAUUAAUAUUGAUUACUGGAACGCUUGAGUAUGACAUUCUGCAUCUUGGUUAUCUUGCCUUUGCUCUGGUAUUCUUUCGCAUGAGACUUGAAAUACUGAAGAAGAAGAACAAAAUAUUCAAAUUCUUGCGCAUAUACAACUUUGCUGUUAUUAUUUUUUCUCUUGCUUAUCAGUCUCCUUUUAUUGGGGGACCAAGUGCUGGGAAAUGUGAAACAGCAAAUAGCAUUUAUGAAAUGGUUGGUUUUUAUAAAUAUGAUUAUGGUUUUCGGAUUACAGCAAGAUCUGCAAUUGUAGAGAUUAUCAUUUUUGUGCUGGUAUCACUUCAGUCAUAUAUGUUUUCCUCGCAAGAGUUUGAUUAUGUAUGUCGCUACCUGGAAGCAGAGCAAAUUGGUGCUAUUGUGCGUGAGCAAGAGAAAAAGGCUUCAUGGAAAACUGCACAAUUACAACAAAUUCGUGAAAGUGAGGAGAAAAAACGUCAGCGUAACAUGCAGGUGGAGAAGAUGAAAUCUGAAAUGCUUAACCUGCAAAUACAACUCCAUGGCAUGAACACAUCCACUAAUUGUAUUGAUGGAUUUUCUCACAGCAGUGAGGGUCUGAGAAGGAGAAGGAGUGUUUCACUCACAUCAAAUAAUGAUAUUGGAAUCCCUGAUAAAGAAGACCAGGUUCUGGGGAGACUAGAUCAUACGAAAAGAGAGGAUUCUAUUUUUCAUACUGAACUGCAUGAACCAUCUGCCUGUACAUAUGUGGAAACUCCAUUAACAGAGGAGUACAUGAAGCAUUCAGUGGGUUCUCCUUUGUGUGAAAUUACUGAAAUAGAUAUUGAAACUUCUUCUAGUGAUUCUGUAAAAAAGGAAAAAGUUAAAGGGCAAGCAAAAGAAAACCCUCUGAAGUCUGCUGUACAAUUAAUCGGUGAUGGUGUUUCCCAGGUACAGUCCAUUGGAAAUCAGGCAGUCAAUAACCUAGUGAGUUUUCUGAAUAUUUCACCAGAAGAUUCUGAUUCAAAUGAACACACAAACAUGGAGGAUAGGAUAUAUGAUGAGAUAGAGAGUCAGAAAACUCAGCAUACAUAUAUGGAUCGUUCUUCAUCCGUGCAGUCUGAUAAUAGUUCUGAUGCUGCAAGUCUGCAGUUGGGAAGGAUUUUUCGUUAUGUAUGGUACCAGAUGCGUUCUAAUAAUGAUGUUGUAUGCUACUGUUGCUUUGUUCUUGUGUUCUUAUGGAAUUUCAGUUUGCUAUCAAUGGUGUAUCUUGGGGCACUCUUCUUGUAUGCUUUAUGUGUAAAUACUGGCCCAAGUUACAUCUUCUGGAUCAUCAUUCUGAUAUAUACAGAACUUUAUAUUUUACUUCAGUACCUGUACCAAAUUAUCAUCCAACACUGUGGGUUGAGUAUUGAUCCUGGCCUGUUACGAGAAUUAGGUUUUCCAACACACAAAAUCACAUCUUCAUUUGUUGUCAGUUCAUUACCUCUCUUUCUUGUGUAUUUGUUUACCCUCAUUCAGAGCUCCAUAACACCUAAAGAUGGUGAAUGGAUGUCUUCUACUGACUUCAAGUUUAAGAGGAAAGAUUUCCAUGCAAAAGAUGACCCCACUAGUUAUAAUUGGCAAGAUAAAGCAUGGGAUCUGCUAAAUCAGAUGAUUAACAUGGUAAAAAUGAUAAUCAAAAGCUUUUUUAGGUACUGGAAAUCACUCACACAGGGAGCAGAAUCUCCUCCUUAUUUUGUUCAGGUGUCUAUGGAUGUCAACUUCUGGCCAGAGGAUGGGAUUCAACCAGAGAGGAUUGAAUCUGGAAUUAAUCAAGUGCUCAGAAUUGUCCAUAAUGAUAAGUGCAAGGAAAUGAAUGCAAAUCUUUGCUCUUUUGCUAGCAGGGUUAAUGUUCAAAGCAUUGAAAGAAGUCAUGAGAAACCCAAUGUUGCCUUGGUUGUUUUUGAGGUUGUGUAUGCCUCUCCUGUAAUUGACUGCUCUUCCACAGAAUGGAAUAACUCUUUAACUCCAGCAGCUGAUGUGGCCAAGGAAAUCCUCAAAGCUCAACGUGAUGGUUUUGUGGAAGAAGUGGGAUUCCCUUACCGUAUUCUUUCUGUAAUUGGUGGAGGCAAGAGAGAAAUUGAUCUGUAUGCCUACAUAUUUUGUGCGGACCUGAUUGUAUUCUUUCUUGUUGCCAUCUUCUACCAGUCUGUCAUAAAAAAUAAAAGUGAGUUUCUCGAUGUGUAUCAGCUUGAAGACCAAUUUCCUAAAGAAUAUGUGUUUAUCUUGAUGGCUAUCUUCUUCUUGAUUGUGCUUGAUCGUAUUAUAUACCUCUGCUCAUUUGCCACGGGGAAAGUGGUUUUCUAUAUUUUCAACCUCAUUCUCUUCACAUAUUCAGUUACAGUGUAUGAUUGGCAAUUGGAGCCAUCCCAACAACACGCAGCUCAGUUUGCUCUCCGUGCCAUAUUUCUUGCAAAGACAUUUUCUCUAGGGCUGCAGGCUGUACAAAUACGAUAUGGCAUUCCUCACAAGAGCACAUUGUAUAGGCAAUUUUUGACCAGUGAAGUUUCGAGAAUCAACUAUUUAGGAUAUAGACUUUAUCGUGCUCUUCCAUUUCUUUAUGAAUUACGAUGUGUACUUGAUUGGUCAUGCACAACUACGUCCCUCACCAUGUAUGACUGGCUAAAGCUGGAGGACAUAAAUGCAAGUUUGUACCUUGUCAAAUGUGAUUCAGUCUUGAAUAGAGCAACACACAAACAGGGAGAGAAGCAAACGAAAAUGACCAAAUGUUGCAAUGGGAUAUGCCUUUUUUUUGUAUUAAUUUGUGUUAUAUGGGCUCCAAUGUUGAUGUAUAGCAGUGGUAACCCAACAAACAUUGCAAACCCCAUAAAAGAUGCUAGCUUUCAGGUUGAUAUCAAGACAGUAAGUGGAAGGUUGAAUUUGUAUCAAACUACUCUAUGUGAAAGACUCCAGUGGAAUUUACUAAAUUCAGAUGUCAAUCCUGAUCCGUAUGGCUAUUUGGAUGCAUAUAAUAAGAAUGAUAUCCAAUUGAUAUGUUGUCAAGCUGAUGCUAGUACAUUGUGGCUUGUUCCUCUUGUUGUUCGGACCAGAUUGAUUCAGUCCCUUGAAUGGAAUACCGACAUGGAAAUUUUUUUCACCUGGACACUUUCAAGGGACAGGCCAAAAGGGAAAGAAGUUGUGAAAUAUGAAAAAGCUGUUGAUCCUCAAUAUCUUCCAACACAAUCUGAUGUUCAGAAGGUUCUUAAUGGCUCUGUGAACAGCUUUAGGAUUUAUAAUGUUUAUCCAAGAUAUUUCCGUGUCACUGGUUCAGGUGACGUUAGACCUUUGGAAGAGGAUAAUGCUGUCAGUGCUGAUCUCAUUAUAAAUCGUGAGCAAUUUGAGUGGUGGGCCUUCCGAGAUAUUAAUUCAUCAAAUUUAAGUGGAUUUUGUGGAGGUUUGACGGGACCGAUGGCAAUCAUAAUAUCUGAGGAGACACCACCACAGGGUAUUCUUGGCGACACACUCAGCAAGUUCAGCAUAUGGGGGCUUUACAUAACUUUUGUUCUUGCUGUUGGACGUUUUAUCAGACUCCAGUGCUCUGACUUAAGGAUGAGAAUUCCCUAUGAGAACCUACCUUCCUGUGACAGAUUGAUAGCCAUCUGUGAGGAUAUAUAUGCUGCUAGAGCGGAGGGUGAGCUUGGAAUUGAAGAGGUUCUUUACUGGACUCUAGUGAAGAUAUACCGGUCCCCGCACAUGCUACUUGAGUAUACAAAACCUGAUUAAUUUUUCGGUGCACCAUUUUCUGGUCACUAACAGCUAACCAGGUUCGAUGCUCACAUAUGGUUUAACUGUCAGACAUACUGAAGGAGCUCGGAGUCCGAAGCAGGCCGAUGCAGGUUGAUGCCUGCAUGAUAAGAUUAAUAUUGCAACACUUCUGGUGCGGUAUUCAUUAUGCAGUUAUGAAACAUUUCUCUGAACAGAUUGGGGAGGUUGGCAUCGUGAUUCAUGAUUAUACAUGACAUUGAUGUUAAUGAUUAUUUUGGGGGAAAUCGUGUAUACAAUGUACAAUACAGUCAUUUCUAGAAUAUAGUGAAGCAAAUUUGUAUAGUUAACCUAGAAGACUGAUAUUCUGUUCUCCACCCCUUUUCUCACCUUUAAAUCAUAAAAUAGCAAGUCCACCGAAAGCUAAUUUGAAAAUCAAAACAUCGGUUUCAUAAUAGUAUUGUUUACUUUAGUGCUGAACAUAGAUAAUACCAUGAGAGUCUUAUUGUU